UUAGUUUCUUCAAUUUUGGGGGGAACAGGCCACCUAAUAAACAAAGAAUAUGCUUUAUUUAUAAUAGAUAAGAUCAAUGACCCUGGGACGUGUAAUAAACAGCCUAGAUUUCAACACAGUAUUAAUAAACUUGUAAUUACAUGUCUUAUUUUGCGGGUUAUAAUCUUUAAUAACUACAUGUGUAUCUUGAGUUGAUGCUCAGCUUUAAUUCAGGGGCUGCUCUGGCCUCGCCCACAGAGAUGACACAUACCGGAAGUUUUCUUAAAGAAGGGAUUCUACAGGAGUCGCUAUGUAUUCUACCCGGCGUGCACAGAAAUUCACGGAGGUGGGCGGAGUUAGCAGCAGAACUGACGCUCCUCAGCUUCCCUGUUGGUGUGUGGAGUACUAACGUAAAACUUAGCUCUCCAAUAUUGCGAGCUACGACGUUCAGCUGUCGAACAGGGCUUUUUUGCUGAUUUAUUUUUGUGUUUAAUGUCGCCUCCGCAUCUGACGUGUAACUUAAGUAUGCUUGGGUAAAUAACGAGCGCUGCCUCCGCCAAACGCUGGGAAUAGUAACGUCUUUUGGGGGAUUCGCAUGACACAGGGUAACCGAAAGUGACUGUCACCUCUUAAAUUUAGAGUUACUGGAAACGUUGAAGCUGCUUUUACUUCACUUUCUAUAUCACGAGUGUUUUUACUUAGAGCUGCACUUCCGUGUUGUGUGCUGUCCGAUAUAAAUAACAGCCAGAUACGUGAUAGUGUAGCUAUAUAAACCAUUACACACACACAGGUGUAUCUUUACCAAGGGGUCGACAGGGGUUGGGUAUAUCUGGCUGUAUCACCUUGAGAACACAUCAGUAGCCUGGGUCUGUCCCAGGCAUGAAGAGGAAAGCUAAAGGCAUGGGUGCAACUCUCAGCUAUGGUUCAACCUCAAGUCGGAAUGUGUCUUCAGCUGCAGGACAGUCACAGGAAAAUCUGUUCGAUGUUCCCCUGGAGAUCCUGGAGGAGAUCUUCCUGAGUCUUCCUCCCCAUCAGGUGGUUCGUGUUUGUCGGUUAGUGUGCCAUCAGUGGAAAGAAGUGGCUGACAGUGAGUCCCUGUGGAGAGAGAGAUGCAGAAGAGAAGGAUAUCGCCUCCGCAAUGCCUCCAGAAUACCCAAAGACUGGAGGUUGUUUUACUUCUUGUGCAAGAAGAGAAGAAAUCUUCUCAAGAACCCAAGGGCAGAACAUAAAAUGAAGAACUGGCAGAUGGAGAAUGAUGGUAAUGAUUGGAAUGUAGAAGAAGUCAUGGAGCCGCAUCCAAAUGAGAUGGUCAAGAAAAACUUUGUGACUUCCUACAUGAUGUGCAGGAAGUCUCAGUUGAUUAAUUUGGAGCUGGAAGGGUACAACCCAUCUUUCAUGGAUGACUUCCAGCCAGACAUCAAAAUAUCUGAUUGGUAUGCGCCACGAUGGGAUUGUGGCAGUCAAUAUGAGAUCCAUGUAGAGUUGCUAAAUCAAAGAAAGCAACCCGUUCAGAAGUUUGCUCCUGAGACGGUUUACUUUCAGCAGUGGAACGAUCAGAAAUGGAAUCAGAUGACCCAUGUAUUCCGGAACUAUGGACCAGGAGUGAGAUACAUCCGUUUUACCCACGGAGGCAAAGACACACAGUACUGGGCAGGAUGGUACGGAAUUCGUGUUACUGACAGCUGCGUUGAGAUAUGUCCAGCAAUGGACACAUAGUUCUGCGGGAUUCAUUUAACGCCUGCUUCCUGCCAUCGCCUGAAAUUGCAAAGUUGCACCUUGUCUUAUUUUCCUUGUAUAACCUGCAGCCAUUUUACAUGUUGAAGGAAAGUUUCUUUGGGUAAAAAAUUAAAAAUAAUAUCAUUUAUUUUACUCAAAGGUCCAGUGUGUAGGAUGUAGGGGCAUGUAUUGGCAGAAAUGGAAUAUAAUAUUCAUAACUAUUUUCAAUAGUUUAUAAUCACCUGAAAGUAGGACUCAGUAUGUUUUUGUUACCUUACAGUAAACCAUGUAUCUACAUAUGGAGAGGGCCCUCCAUGUUGUUGUACAGUAGCCCAGAAUGGACAAAUUUGCGUCUAUGUGUCAGCCACCAUAGUUCUCCUACACAUUCUACGCACACAGGAGAAAUUUCACUUCUGCAACCUCAGAGAUAGAUGCCACUAAAUCCUACAAACUAGAGCCUUAAAUUAAAUAUUAUUAUUACCCUGCAUGGCAUCUGUUGAUUAUUUCAAAAAUGAUGUCUGUGGGUAUUUCCCCAUGUUUCCAGGAGAGCCUCAUGUCUUUGCAGUGAGGUUAGCUGUUUGAAUACCGAAACCUCAUUAUGGCCUGGCCCCUCAGAAACGCAGCUCAGCCUUACUUUCAAUUUUUCCCAGUGGCCGUUGUGGUAUUGCAGAAAAAAAAAAUCCCCUGCAGCUCACAAAGAAUUUCCCCCAUGGACUGACUUUGCAAAAGAAAUGCCUGUAAAACUGUUGACAGGAUACCUCGAACUGCUAACAAGUUCAAUUAUGACUCUUUCUAUUAUUCAUUUUUGAUCCAUAGAGGAUAAAUUAGGCAUAUGAGCAGUUCCAUAGAACUGGACAGGUGCCAUCUUAGAGUCCGGUGUUAUGUUUUUAUACAUCUAUAAUCAUGAUUCCUGAGACCACAGCAGUUUGUACCUUUGAAAAGAGCCAUAUCACAAGCACUUUCAGAAAACAGUAGAUUUACAACAUUCCUUACUUUAAAUGAAUGUACACGUAAGUCUGAGUUUAAUCGUUUUCUGUUGGGUGUUUUUUGUACGCCAUCUUCUUGUGGAAAUUUUAGGACAAGAUGCCAUAUACAGUACCAAGGCAGCUUUACAGAACAGGGUGAACUAUCUGGCACUCAUGUUUGUUUGCUUCUCGGUUAUAUUCACUGAGAGGUGGGGUGAGAACAGUUAUAUGAACGCAUCAGUGAGUGCAGAGUGAUGGCAAGAAAAAGUGUCAGGAAGUUUGUCUCUCUGUUUUUAAGAGAUUUUGUCGAUACAUGCUAUUGUGACACUGCAGUACUGCUAUAUAACAAGCCUUAAAGGAAACUUUUUUUUGUACUGCUCUUUAAUGUGUACAUUGUGAUGUUGAAAUUUUGUAAUACACUACAUCAUCUGUGGAAAAUUUAUACAAGUUCAUAAGCUUUAUUUGUGUAACCAUGAAGCCAGACAACAACAUGUAGUAUUUGAAGUUAGGUUUAUUCAUAAUACUGGUUUAUUGUGAUGCUUUAUCACAAGCAAGAUACAGUACAACUUUAAUGUCAAUUUGAAUAAAAACCAAAGAGUCCAAGAAACUCAUUCUCUCAA